ACCAAAGCUCCCCCCUUCCUCUCUCUCUCUCUAGAAAUUCCCCAGAUUUGUGACUCCGGAUUCUCGUUGCUGUUGCUAGGGUUUUGCUGUUGCUGAAAUCAGCUUCUCACCUUAUUCUGAGGAGUAAUUGCUUCCUAUUUUGGUUUUCCGGACGGAGGUGAAAGAGGAUUUGUGCAUGAAUAUGAAGAAAAAUGCUUACAGCUUCAGUGCUGGUUAAAUUAAUCUUAAGUAAUGACUGAUUCGCGUAUGUAUGAGUUGGAAGACAUAGGUUGGGAUGAUCUUUGUCAAAGUGAUGAUCAUAUAGUGCCUCGUACUUUGGAAGAUCAUUCUCUCUUGCGUGAUAGCUGCAAGAAACCUCAUUAUGAAGAAACAAAUGUUGCAUAUAACACUCAGGACAAGUAUUCUACUGGAUAUGUUGAUCAAGGAAGUGCAGAAGGAGAGUUAUCGUCAUCGAGUAAAAGGAAAUACAUAAUGCUGGAAAGAGAUUCUAGGCCGGAUGUACCAAGUGGUGUAUUUUCUUCUCCUGCAGAUGCUGACUCAAUCAAAGAUGCAUCUAGUUUAGUUUCUGAGAAAACCACAUCCUCAAGUCAUGUUCAUGAAAAUAGUAACACAGAUACCCAUGGUAAUCAAUUCUGUGUUGAUGGUACCGUUGUUAGUGUUGGGACCACUGGCUCUUUAAACAACUCCUCUACUGAUCCACUUGGUGACAUAACUCAUGCUAGCAGUGAUCUCAGUUUCUUUGAGAACGACGAGGUCAAAGAUUCAAGUGAUUUCUUUAAUUUUGGUUGGCCUGAAAUAGAGAACUUUGAAGAUGUUGACAGGAUAUUUAGGAGUUGUGACUCGACAUUUGGACUAGGGGCCAGUAGAGAGGAUGAAUUCCCUUGGUAUUCAGCAUCAGAUAACAUAGGAGGCACUGGAGAACUUGCCAAUUCAGAUGUGAAAUUUCCAUCACCUGAGUUGAAUUCUCUGGAAAAUAUCUCAUCAAACCAUGGUUUUCUAAAGGCCCAUUCUUCAAAUGAUGGUGCCGUGAUGGGUGCACCUAUCAGGCUUCGAGACAAUUCCUGGAUCUCAGAGAAACCUGAUUCUUACGUGUCUUUUGCGGAUGGACCUGCUAUUGCAAAUGACGAGCAAGAGUUUACCCCUAGAGCACAUCUGAACGGGCACCAGAAGCAGGUGAAGCUGCAGAACCAGUCCAGUGGAAAAAUAAAAGAGCAUAACUAUGGAAAUGGUACAAAUAACAGUCAUUCAUCUGAUCUGACAUCACUAAGUCCAACAUCUUCUGCUGUUAAAACUGAGGCAAAUGAGUUGACAUCUUCAUCAACCAGAGAUUCUUCCCAUACAUCAAAUCUGUUGCCAUCUGUCGAGGGCUCUCAUGACCAUCCUCUUCCUCUGCCAGUUCCAACAGGAACUGGAAAAGGAGUAAAGCUACAUAGUCGUCAUGGUAGUCAAUCUUUGGUCAACAGCAACAAUAUAAAGCCUGCAAGCUUAGUGGUGCAAGCCACCUCAAGCGAUCCUGGUUCUCUGACAGAAGAAGCCCAUUAUGCCAGAGAUAAGUCAGACAAUCAUAAUUAUUCAGCAGAAGUCUGCCACUUUAUUCCAGCAGAAUUCGGAUUCUCAAAUGCUCAAGAAAGCUCAACAAGUUCUGACAUGGAUGAUGUUUCUCUGGAAGCAGAUAGUUUUCGCCAGCUUCAGCUUGUUAUGGAGAAGUUGGAUUUGAGAACAAAGAUAUGCAUAAGAGACAGUUUGUACCGUCUUGCUCGGAGUGCUGAACAAAGGCAUAGCCAUGCAAAGUCAAACAGCAGCUUUGAUGGUGGAAGAGAUGCCUCUGGAACAUUAGUAACUGAAGGAGAAAAAAGCUUCAUGGAUAUCGAAACAAAUACAAAUCCCGUUGAUCGUUCAGUAGCACAUUUGCUGUUUCACAGACCUUCCGAGUCAUCCCCUGUGCCUGCCCAGGAUUCAUUACCAUUCAAGUCACCAAGCAUGUAGGUACGUGGAUCUGACACAAGUAGAGCUGCAAUGAAGACCUUGAUAGACAGUGAAGAGGCAGAUAUUACACAAAGGUCUCUGGCCACUGACAGCAAACAAUUACCCUCACAGAGUUGAGAGUAUUUGGGUGGAUUUUAAAGUUCUUGUAUUAAGAAUUUUGCUUGCUUUUAUAGUCUUGUAAAGUAAAAAAAGUCUAAUUUUCAACUGGUCUAGAGCUAGUGCUCAACUUUCUUUUUUGAUCAUGGGAGAACUUACAUGGUCUAACACAGCUGCCCUAACUGCGAUUGUAGUGUGAGUUGAAGAGAAAUAUACAGUUGAAAGCAAUUUCAAAUAUUAGGUUUCUUGUGAUUUA